GGAUUUUUUUUGUUGUUUAAUUUUCUUCAAGAUUGUGGAACGUACUUUUAAAUUUGAGAAGUACUUAUAAUAAAAAUUGAAAUGGCUAAUUUCUUCACUUUAUAGCCAUUUUGUUAUGAAUCCAAUUGGUUGUUGACAAAAACCAAUCAUAAUUAUCUGAAAUUGUUUCAUAUAUUAGGAAUAUUACAACUUUAUUUGGAGUGGUACAAAAAAAAAAAAAUCACAAUAUGAACUUCUUGAAGCUUUUCUUAGUUGCAUUAGCUCCAGUUAUGAACACUUUGAUCAUUGCUGUUAUUGGGGCUAUCCUUGCACUUGACAACAUUGGGAUACUCAGAAAAAAUACCAAGAAGCAUCUCAAUAUUAUGGUAUACUUUGUCUUCACUCCAGCUCUUCUUUAUAGCUGCCUUGCUAAAAUUAUAACUUGGAGGAGCUUGGUUAUGCUGUGGUUCUUGCCACUAAAUAUUCUUCUAAGAUAUAUUAUUGGGAUAGCUCUUGCAUGGAUUCUAGCUAAAAUAACUAGAGCUCCUCGUCAUCUCCAUGGCCUUGUGAUGGCCUCAUGUGCUGCAGGAAAUUUGGGCUCUUUGCCUCUUGUUAUAGUUCCAGCUAUUUGUAAAGGAAGAACCCAUCCUUUUGGUUAUGUGGAUUCUUGCUACCAUAAAGGAUUAGCAUUUACUUCUCUAACAAUGGCAGUAGGACACAUUUAUGCCUGGUCUCUUGUGUACAAUAUUCUCCGCAUAUAUACACCUAAGACCAAUGUUGUCAAAUUUGAUGAAUCCACAAAACUUGAAGAAAUUAAUAAUCUAGAAAACUUUUCAAAAUGUUCAACAACAGCAUUGGCCCCAAUCGAAGAAAAAUCAUUGUCCAAUGAUUGCAUUGAUCAACUAGAAAUAGAAUGUAAAGUGAUUGAUGGCCAAGAAAAAAAGGUACAAGUACAAGAAAAGUCAAUCAUUAUAAAACAAUUGAACAUAUUAUUAUGUGACAAGGUCAAUUUGAAGGCACUAUUUGCACCUGCAUUGUGGGGAGCGAUCUUUGGAGUAGUAAUUGGCAUAGUUCCUCAAUUUCGAAAACUACUAGUUGGUGAAAAUGCUCCUCUCCAUGUGGUUCAAACAUCUAUAGUUAUGUUGGGGGAUGCAUGUAUUCCAGCAAUGAUCUUGUUAGUUGGAGCAAAUCUUCUUAAGGGUUUAAAGGGAUUAGGAAAGAAGAUUCCACUUGUUGUUGGUAUUAUUGUGGUUAUGUAUAUUGCAUUGCCAGCAAUAGGUAUAGCCAUUGUGAAAGGUGCAGUUCAUUUCAGCUUCAUAAGCUCUGAUCCAUUAUAUCAAUUUGUUUUGCUACUUCACUAUGCUGUUCCUCCUGCUGUAUCUGUUAGUACAAUGACUCAAUUGCUUGGAGUUGGUCAAAGUGAAUGCUCACUUAUCAUGUUUGCAACUUAUUCUUCAGCUCCAAUUUUGCUUACCCUUUGGUGUACAGUUUUUAUGUGGCUUGUGCUAUAAACUAUAAUUUAUCUAAAUUAGCACUGAAGUAGAAGAUGUAUAAUGAUUUUACUCAACAUAUAUAGAAGUGUGUAAUGUUAAUUAAUUUGAAAUAUUAUCGAUUGUUCAUCUUAAGAUCAAUAAUAUUAUACUAUCUCUGAAUUUUUUUAUA